GGCAAUGGAUUGAUUUGGAUGGCUCAUUGGAGAGCCCCUUUUCGUAUCAUAUAUUUUUUAUUGUUACUAUUAUUAAAUUUGUUUGUUAUUAAAUAUGGUUUCUUUAAUUAAUGCACCCAUUCACCACUGAAUCAUUCUGCAACAUGGUGCAUUACGUCCGCGAAUAUCGCUAAAAUAAAAAUUGGACUGUUCGACAAAAGGUUGUUAGUACAAAGAGGAAUUACAAUAUCGGUGUAUAACUAUUCCCGAUCUUGCAAAACUGGGACAUUAUUGCAUAAUUGGACUAUUGCAUUAUUGAAUUUGGAUUUACAUUAUUUGGAUUUGGAUUGCACGGUAGGAGACUUUAUCACUUAUAUAUUAUAUAUAUUACUAUUUGAAAAUGGAUAAGAUUAAUAAACUUAUAGAAAAAAGAAGCAGUGUAAGAAGCGGUAUAACGAAAUUAAUUAAAAGAAUAAAUUUGGAAGAGCAAGCGGAAACUGAUACGCCACUUGAAGAACUGCUAGAACUUUUAGAAACUAAAGAACAAAUUCUUAAAAAACAUGAUUCGGAUAUAGAAGACCUUAUUACGGAUCCAGAAAAAUUUAAAACUGAAAUUAAGGUAUCAGAAGAGUACGAUGAAAAAAUUAUUUCAACUAAAAUAAAGUUAAAAAGUAAAAUUAAAGAAAUGAACAAGGAAAUAAAUCAUGUAGCUGAAUUAAGUCAUAAUACUUCUACUGAAACUGUAGAACACACCUUUUCGGCCCUUAAAUUACCUAAAUUAGAAAUUCCUCGUUUUUCUGGUGAUUCCAAUUUCACGGAGUUCCUUAACUGCUUUAAUAGCGCGAUAGGUACAAAUGAUUCCCUUUCUAAAAUUGAAAAAUUUCAGUACCUAAAAUCCCUUCUUUCUCCCCCCGCCUAUAAUGUUGUUGCUGGAUUCGAAUUAAACGAUAAAAAUUACGAUUCUUGCAUUGAACUAUUAAAACAGCGUUAUGGUAGAACAGAUUUCAUUAUAAAUUCAUAUAUGACUAAAUUACUAAAUUUGGAGCCGGUUAGAAACUCAUCUUAUGUUAAAGGUUUGCGUAAACUAUAUGAUGAAAUAGAGGUAAACAUAAGAAAUUUACGCGCUUUAAAUGUUACCGAGGGAUCGUAUGGUCAUUUAUUAAACCCAUUGUUAUUGAAAUUAUUGCCCCAAGAAUUAGUUUUAGAAUUUCAUAGGAAACGUGAUAAAAAUAAAAAUUGUGAAGUUUCGGAAAUAAUGACAUUUUUAAGGAACGAGGUCGAGUCUAGAGAAAUUUGUGAAUCUGUAAUGAGUAGCCCCAAAAAUUACGAAUCUAAACGUACCCCCUUUCAAAAUUAUCAAAGCGGACAAACUUAUCAAAAGAAUUACUCUAAACCUAAAAACGUAGCAACAGCCUCAACUUUGCAUACUCAGUCAAAAAAUAUUUGUAUUUUUUGUGGUUUGGUAAAUUCGCAUGAUUCUGUUGAUUGUAAAAAAUUGGAUGUUGAAACAAAAAUUGGUAAACUUAUGUCUGACGGACGAUGUUGGGUUUGUUUCAAAAGAAACCAUUACAGUAAAUUAUGUAGAUCUGGAAUUGUAUGUAAAAUAUGUAAUUCUAAAUACCAUCACGAAUCAGUUUGUAGGAAAACUCUUAAACCACAAAAUUAUGUAAAUAGAGCUAAUGAAACAAAAACGAAAGAUUCGGAAAACGAUACUAACUCUAAUAAAUAUCAGUCUAACUCAAAAAUCAAUGUAGAGAAUAUUUCUGUUUCACACAAUAAUAUAUUUUGCAAAGAUAAAGCUUUUCUACAAACAUGUUCUGUAUUAGCUUGUUCGGAUAAAAAUUCGAUUUUGGCAAACGCCAUUCUGGAUAAUGCGUCACAUAGGAAUUUUAUAAGCUCGAAAUUAACUAAGGAAUUAAAAUUAAAACCCGUACGCUAUGAAAAAUUAGCAAUUUAUUCUUUCGGCCAAACUAAAGCAUGCGAAAAAGAAUAUCCUGUAAUUUCUUUAAAGCUCAUAAAUAAAAGUAAUAGCUCUAAGUGGAUCGAAAUCGAAUGUUUAGUAACACAUUUCAUUUCGAACUUAACCUUGAACAAGCCAGAUGCUCUCUUAAUGAAUGAGUUAAAAACUAAAGGAUAUGAACUCGCUGACUCAUUUCACACCACGAAUUGCGAUUUAUUGAUAGGGAGUGGUAUUUUUUGGAGAAUUGUUUAUAAUGAAAGGAUGAAAUUAAACGAAGAUGUAAGUUUAAUUAAUUCCCAUUUCGGAUGGUUACUUUCUGGGUAUAAUAAAUUGGGUCAUGACUCAGCCGAAAGUUGUGAGAAUGUAUGCUUAACUAUGGACUCUACUUCUAUUUUAUUUGAUCUUAAGCUAUUUUGGGAAAUAGAAGAGUUUCCGAAUGAGAAAAUAUGUCUUUCUGAAAAGGAUAAUCUAUUGAUAAAAAAUUUCGAGGAUUCUUUGCGAUUUAAUGGAGAACGUUACGUAUGUAAAUUAAUGUGGAAGGAUAAUUUAGGCCCCCCUUUGGAAAUGGACUCUAAUUAUGAAGUUGCAAAAAGGCGUUUUGAUUCGUUAGAGAAUAAAUUAAAUAAAAAUCCCGAGAUUUUAGAUCAGUAUAAACAAAUUGUUUCCGAACAAAUAAAAUGCAAUAUUGUUGGGAAUAGUGUAAAUGAAAACUUAAAUUCAGGAUAUUUUAUGCCUCAUCGUGCAGUAAUUAGGAAUGACAAAGAAACAAGUCGCGUUCGUAUUGUUUACGAUUGUAGUAGUAAGGCAAAUGACAAUAAGAAAUCUUUGAAUGAUUCUCUUGAAUCGGGAAUUAAUCUUUAUCCAAAUUUAUUGGAUAUAAUUCUUAAAUUUCGAGAAAAUCAAGUCGCAUUUUGCGGAGAUUUGGAAAAGGCCUAUCAUAUGAUAGAAAUUGCGGAAGAGGAUAGAAAUUAUCUAAAAUUUUUAUGGUUUUCGGAUGAAACAGAUAAUUCAAAAAGAAUACUUCAAUUUAAUCGCCUUCCUUUCGGAUUAACUACGUCAUCAUUUGUUCUUGCUUGCGUAUUAAAAUUUCAUAUUAGGAAAUUUAAGGUAGAUCAACCGAAUUGUUAUGAAAUGUUGAAUUCUCUAUACGUAGAUGAUUUGUAUUAUGGUGCUAAAACUAUUCAGGAUGCGUAUCAAUUAUCUUCGUCGGCAAUUGAAAUAUUACGCGCCGCCGGAUUUAAUUUAAGGAAAUUAAAAACUAAUUGUAUGGAACUAAAUGAACUUUGGCGUAAAAACGGAUAUGAGGAAAACACUGAUUUUGGGCAAGGAGCAGGUUUCUUAGGAUUAAAGUGGGAUCCUAUUGAAGAUAAAAUUAAAUUAGAUUUAAAGGAGUUAAGGUUUUCCUUGGAAUCAGGAACCACCAAAAGACAAGUGUUGAGAAUAAUUUCUAAAAUUUUUGAUCCAUGUGGAUUCAUUAGUCCAUUUGUAGUUAGAGCUAAAAUAAUUAUGCAGGAAAUUUGGGAGCGAGGUCUAAAGUGGGACGAAGACUUACCUAGCGAUUUGGUAAAAAAGUGGAAGAAAUGGUGUUCUGAAAUUGCUGAUUUGGACAAUUAUGUUAUAAUAGAACGAAAACUAUGUUCAACGGCGGAUAUUAGUGAUGUUUCUCUUCACAUAUUUGUUGACGCAAGUCCUAAGGCUUACGGAGCCGUGGCAUACCUUCGUUAUACACCAAUUGAAGGACAUAUUGAAGUUAAAUUCAUUAUUUCUAAGUGCAAGGUUGCUCCAUUAAAAACUUUGACUUUGGCUAGAUUGGAACUGAUGGCAGCUCUCGUCGGUGCUAGGUUAGGGAAAUAUUUACGAAACGUUUUUCCUAAUUUCACUCAACAAAUAUACUAUUGGAGUGACUCUAAAAUAGUUCUCCACUGGAUAAAAGGAUCUUCAAAGCUUUGGAAACCAUUUGUGUCUAAUCGAGUGGCAGAAGUGCAGACACUUACGCUUCCAGAGUGUUGGAACCAUUGCAGCGGUGUGGAAAAUCCUGCUGAUUUCAUUACAAGGGGAGAAUCUGCAGUUAAAAUCGUGUCGAGUUCCCUGUGGUGGUCCGGUCCAGUUUGGUUGUCCCAUCCGGUCAACUUGUGGCCUGCAGUAGAGUUUUGCAACCAGCCUGAUGCCAGUGAUGUGGUCAAGAAAGAACAACGAGCUGUUGUGGUGAACGCUUUGACUCAAAACAAGACUUUUGACAUUUCUCUUACAAAGUUUAUUGAUAUUAACAAGUACAGCUAUCUUACUAGACUUUUGAGAGUAACAGCUUGGGUAAAAAGGUUUGCCCAUAAUGCCAAGCCAAAUUCUUCGAAGUUGAAAGGACCUAUUAGUGCUUUUGAACUUCAGAAUGCUUUGCAUUCCUGGAUUAAAACUGUUAAACUCUUGCAUUACGAGAGUGAAAUCCAACAACUCCUCUCUCAAAAUACUUUGAGUAAACAUUCACGAAUUUUCAAUCUCAAUUGUAAACUUAAUGAUGAUAAUCUUUUAUUUUUACAGGGACGUUUGCAGUUCUCAAGCGAUGAUGUGAAAACAAAACAUCCUGUACUACUUCCUUCUAAUGAUAAAUUUGUUGAAUUAGUUAUAUUAGAUGCUCAUGUUAAAAUAGGUCAUUUAGGUGUAGAUUCUACUUUAACUCACUUAAGGGAACAAUAUUGGAUAAUCAAAGGUAAACAAUUUGUCAAAAAGGUUUUGAGAAACUGUUUAAUAUGCAGACGUUAUAAGGUAAAACCUGGUACUCAAGUGGUAGCUCCGUUACCACCUGACAGAAUUAAAGAACAACCUCCUUUUGAUAUUUCUGGUGUAGAUUUUGCUGGACCUUUUUUUGUUACUGACUCUAAUAAUAAGUGUUAUUUGUUAAUUUUUACCUGUGCAGUUACUAGAGCUGUGCAUUUAGAGCUAGUUAUUAAUAUGAAUACUGAUUCUUUUUUAUUGGGAUUUAGAAGAUUUAUUUCUCGUAGAGGAUUGUGUUCGAUUUUGUAUUCAGAUAAUGCAAAAGCCUUUAAAAAGGCAAAUAAUGAACUGAAAAAAUGGUGGAAUCAAAUUAAUGAUCCUCAGGUAAAAAAUAUGUUUGCAUCUAAAAAUAUUGUUUGGAAAUUUAUUGUAGAAAAAAGUCCAUGGUGGGGAGGUUUCUGGGAACGACAGAUACGUACUGUUAAAACUUGUUUAAAGAAAAUUAUUGGUAAAUCUUCUCUAACUCUUAAAGAAUUAGAAACUGUCUUUUUGGAAAUUGAAGCCAUGAUAAAUUCGAGGCCUAUUACGUAUCUAUAUAACGAACCCUCAGAACCUUCUCCACUUACACCUUCUCAUUUUUUAGUUGGUAAAAGAUUGAUGUCUUUACCUGUUGUUAAGUAUAAACCUAAUGAUUUGAUUGUAAAUAGAGAUUCAUUAACUAAAAGGUAUAAAUACCAACAAACACUAUUGGAUCAUUUCUGGAACCGGUGGAGGAAGCAAUAUUUACUUCAUCUAAGAUCUGCUUAUAUUUCUUCACCACCAGGUAAGAUAACAUCAUUUAAGGUAAAUUAUAUUGUUUUAAUCAAUGAUGAGCGUUAUCCCAGAAAUAUGUGGAUGCUGGGAAGAAUUUUGGAAGUGUAUCAGGGGCGAGAUGGGAACAUUCGUUCUCUUUUGAUAAAAACCCCUAAAGGAGAUAUAAGACGCUCUGUUCAACUUGUAAGUAAUUUAGAAAUUAAUCCUUAAA